AUGGAGGCCAGCACGGAACCGCUCGAUCCCGCGCAAAUGGACAUUGACCCCGCCGACCCCGCUGACCCCGCUGACCCCGCCCCUGUGCCUGCUUCCCCGGAGACUUCUGACGCCCCAAUUGCAGAGCCCCCCCCAACCACCACCACCACCACCACCACCACCACCACCACCACCACUGCAGAGCCCACCACACACCCCAGGGCCAACCCGACACCGACCGAGCGCCCCCUCGGCCCCGACGGCAAGCCAAUCUCAAAGUCCGCGCACAAGAAGCUGCUGAAGCUGCAGCGCCUCGCCGAGACACGCGAGCAGUGGAAGGCCGACAAGAAGCGGAAGCUGAAGGAGCGCAAGCAGCGGGACCGCGAGGAGCGGGAGGCCGCCGCCUCCACCACCGGCACCACCGGCACCAGCGCCAACAAGCGCAAGAAGGACGACGGCGAGGAGGACGAUGGGACACAGGACGACGAGGAGGAGCAGGAGGGGGAAGAUGGGCAGCCGGCGGGGAAGAAGCUGAAGCAGAAGCAGCCGGCGGCGGGGGCGGGGGUGGCACCGCCGACCGCGACGCCGGAGGUGAAGAGGGUGGUGGAGGAUAUAACGCUGAUCCUGGACUGCGGGUUUGACGACAAGAUGCACGAUAAGGAGAUCGUGUCCAUGUCCUCUCAGCUCACCCGCUGCUACGCCUUCAACCGCGCCGCGCCCCGCCAGUUCAAGCUCGCCGUGACCUCGCUCAACGGGCGCCUGCUCUCGCGGUUCCAGAACGGGCUCAGCAACCACCAUCUGCACUGGAAGGGCAUCACGUUCAGCGACAGCGAGUACGAGGUGACCGACGAGAACCGGGGGAAGCUGGUGUAUCUGACGGCCGACUCGGAGGACACGGUGGAGGACCUGGUGCCCGGGACGAGCUAUAUCAUUGGCGGCAUUGUGGAUCGGAAUCGAUAUAAAAGCCUCUGCUACAACAAAGCCACCGCGCAAAACAUCCGCACCGCAAAGCUCCCCAUCGGCGACUACAUCAAGAUGUCGUCGCGCUUCGUGCUCACCACCAACCAGGUCGUCGAGAUCAUGCUCAAGUACCUCGAGUGCCGCGACUGGAAGCAGGCCUUCAUCACCGUCAUCCCGCCGAGGAAGCAGCCCGUCGUGAAGCCGGCGGCGGCGGCGGCGGCGGAGACCACGGGGGCGGCGAAAGAAGGUGCGGAUGACAAUGGGGAGACCGAGCCCAAUGUUGAUGAUGGGGAUAGCUAA